AUGGAGGCCCAGGUUGAAAAUGCCAUCCAGAUCGCCUGGAACCCCGCGGCCGACCACGAGCUCAAGACGCAGGCCAUAAACUUCCUCAACCAGAUCCGCGCGGAGCCCGCCCAGGCCUGGUCCGUCUGCCUCUCGCUCUUCACCCGCCACCCGCGCCCCAAUGAGGUCGUGCGCCACUUCGUCCUCGAGAUCGUCAACAAUGCCGUCCAGACGCAGCGCCUCGACCCCCAGAGCCUGCUGUACAUCCGCGACAGCAUCAUGCAGUACAUCCGCGCCGUCUACCAGAACCCGGCCUCGGACCAGAUCGACACGGCCCACAUCCAGAACAAGAUAACCCAGACAAUCACCUAUCUGUUCACCGCCCUGUACGCUCAAGGCUGGGAGUCCUUCUUCGAGGACUUCCGCUCUCUAGCCGCCGAGGAUAACCUCCCGGCCACCAUGCUGUACUUGCGCGUGCUGAACUCGGUGCACGACGAGAUUGCCGACGUGCUCAUGUCGCGCUCGCCCGAGGAGUCGAGGCGCAACGCAGAGCUCAAGGACCUCGUCCGCGCCCGCGAUGCCCAGAAUAUAUCCAUCGCCUGGCAGGGCAUCCUGGGCCGCUGGACCCGGACCGAUCUUGGCCUCGUCGAGAUGUGCCUGAAGACGGUCGCCCGCUGGGUCAGCUGGAUCGACAUCUCGCUGGUUGUCAACGAUGGCAUGCUGCACAACCUGUUCGAGAUUGCCGGCCAGCAGGGCGUCAUGUCGUCCGAGACCCCCGAGGGCCGCGUCCGCGACGCCGCCAUCGACACCUUCACCGAGACGGUUGGCAAGAAGAUGAAGGCGCCGGACAAGGUCCAGCUCAUUGCUUUCCUGAACCUCGGGAACGUCGUAGGCCAGCUGAUCGCCAGCCCCGGCCUCGCCGACCAGAGCGUGUCGACGUACGACAACGAUCUGGCCGAGGCCGUGGCCAAGCUCGUCAACACCACCAUGUUCGAUAUUGUCAAGGUGCUCGAUACUGACUCAGCCGAUGACGGCACCAAGCAGCAGGCCAACGACCUGCUCGGCGCCUUCGUUCCCUACCUACUCCGCUUCUUCUCAGAUGAAUAUGACGAAAUUUGCUCCACAGUGAUUCCCUCGCUCACAGACUUGCUGACUCUCUUCCGCAAGAUUGUCAAGGCAAAGGGCGCCCUCCCGCCAGCCUAUGCCUCCAUGCUUUCUCCCGUUCUUGAAGCCAUCAUUGCCAAGAUGAAAUACGACUCGACAGCUUCUUUGGAUGACGAGGAUGAGCAAACGGAUGAGGCGGAGUUCCAGGAGUUGCGCAAGAGAUUGCACGUCUUGCAGCAGCAGGUUGCUGCCAUCGACGAGAGCCUGUACAUCGAGACCUUAUCCAACAAGAUUGCCCUUAUCAUCAGUUCCUACGACCAGCCAAACUCUGGCAUGAGCUGGCGCGACGUUGAACUUGCCCUCCAUGAGAUGUAUCUGUUUGGAGAGCUGGCUGUGAAGAAUGGCGGCAUGUACGCGAAGCGCGAGCCCUCGUCGGUGGCUUCGGCACGACUGAUCGAGAUGAUGGCCAAGAUGGUCGAGUCGAACAUUGCCGCUUCCGACGAGUUCCCCGUAAUUCCCCUUCAGUACAUGGAGAUCUGCGUCCGCUACUCCGCAUUCUUCGAGCAAAACUCGGCCCUCAUCCCCAAGGUUCUUGAGAACCUCGUCCGCCUCAUCCACAGCAGCCAUCGCAAACUAAAGCUGCGCUCCUGGUACCUCUUCUACCGAUUCGUCAAGCCGUUGCGUCAGCAAAUUGGACCCGUUUCGCAGACAGUCAUUCAAGCCAUUGGCGAUCUUCUGGCCAUCAAGGCUGAGUUGCCCGAUGACAAUGAUGAGGAUGACAUGUCUUCCGAAGAUAACGGCCAAUCUGCUGACGCAACUUUUAACAGUCAGCUUUACUUGUUCGAGGCGAUUGGGUGCAUGGCAUCGCCUUCCUCCGUCCCCGUCGAGAGUAAGAUCAUCUACAGUCGCGAAGUGCUGAAUCCGCUCUUCGCCGACUUGGAACAAAACCUUGGGCUGGCCAAGAGCGGCGAUGAGCGUGCGAUUCUUCAGGUGCACCACCUAAUUGAGGCCAUUGGUACUCUUGCCCGCGGCUUCUCCGACUGGAUGCCCGGUGCUUCUGGUGCGCCCCCUGCCGAUGAGGUGUCGGAAGAGUUUGCUCGUGCAGCCGAGGUAAUCCUGGUGGCAUUGGAAUCUCUCAACUCGUCCAUCACCAUUCGGACCGGCGCUCGCUUCGCCUUCUCCAGACUCAUCGGGGUGCUUGGAUCGCGCGUUUUGCAGCAGCUUCCUCGCUGGAUCGAUGGUCUUCUAUCUCAGAGUUCUACCAAAGAUGAGAUGGCCACUUUCUUGCGUUUGUUGGACCAGGUCGUCUUCGGUUUCAAGGCCGAGAUCUUCAACAUGCUCGACUCCCUCCUCACUCCACUCUUACAGCGUGUUUUCGCAGGCCUGGCGGAACCUACUACCGGCACGGAUGAUGAGAUUCAGCUGGCUGAACUCCGCCGUGAGUAUCUCAACUUUCUUCUCAUCAUCUUGAACAACGAACUCGGCGCUGUUUUCAUCAGCAAUGCCAACCAGGCCACUUUUGACACCAUAAUCACUACCAUUGAGCAUUUUGCACGCGACCCUACCGACUACCCGACUGCUCGUCUCGCCAUUUCCGUCCUCACCCGCAUGACGGCCGUCUGGGGCGGCCCUGAUAUUCCUCUAAACAGCGGCAACACUCCGGCGCCGACUCUUCCAGGCUUCGACCACUUCGCAAUCUCACGAUUCUCCCCGCUCAGCUGGAGCGUUCCUGCCACGCAGGGCUUUAAUAGCAAGGAUGCCCAGGCCAGACAGGUGCUUGGUGAACUUGGUGCGAUGCAGAUUGAGAUCCUCAAGAAAACUGGGGAUAUCUAUGUCCAGAAUCUGAGGCAUGAGCUAUCCAACAUGGGCGUCGAUCAGCAGGGCCUUGAAGAGUAUCUGGGAGCAUUGACGACAAAGGGAGAAAAGGGAUUCAAGCAAUUUUUCCAGCAAUUUGUUGCUCGGGCUGCUGCAUGA